UUUUUAAAUGUUUGCAGGUAAAGUGCUGCAAGUGGAAGAUGACCUGGUGAUUUCUUUCCAGUUGUUGCUGUGUGUCUUAGAUUAUUUUAUCAAACUGUCACCUCCUGCUAUGCUCAAGGAACCAUACAAGUCUGCUGUGACUGCAGUGACUGUUAAUGGUUCAGCUCGAACCCCAAGAAGAGGUCAGAACAGGAGUACACGUACUUCAAAGCAAAUUGAUACUGACACAAAAGUUAUUGAAGUCCUUUGUAAAGAGCAUGAUUGUAAUUUAGAUGAGGUCAAAAAUGUGUAUUUCACAAGCUUUAUUCCUUUCUUGAAUUCUAUUGGUAUUGUAGCUUCAAGUGGACUACCAGAGGUUGAGGUUAUCUUGAAACAGUACGACGAGCUGUAUCUCAAAAACAAAGAUAUAGAUGCCAGAUUAUUUCUGGAUCAUGAUGAAACUCUACAGCCUGAUGUCAUAGCAUGCUCGCAGUUGGAAAGAACACCACUAAAAAACAAUCCAGAUGAAGAAAUUAAUGUUAUACUUCCACAGACUCCUGUUCGAGCUGCAAUGAAUAACAUUCAGCAAUUGAUUAUGAUUUUGAACUCAGCAACUGAUAAACUAUCAGAUACUCUCAUGAUCUAUUUCAAUAAUUGCACAGUGAACCCUAAGGAUAGUAUCCUGAAAAGAGUGGAAAGUCUUGACCACAUCUUCAAAAAGAAAUUUGCUGAAGCAGUUGGGCAGGGAUGUGCUGAAAUUGGCUCACAGAGAUACAAGCUUGGAGUACGUCUGUAUUACAGAGUAAUGGAGUCUAUGCUAAAGUCGGAGGAAGAGCGCCUCUCUGUGCAGAAUUUCAGCAAACUUCUGAAUGAUAACGUGUUCCACACGUCUCUUCUGGCAUGUGCUGUUGAAGUUGUCAUGGCUACAUAUGGCAGAAAUGCUUCACAAAGUGAUGGUACCAGUGCUGAAACAGACUUGUCUUUCCCAUGGAUUCUCAAUGUAUUUGAUUUAAAAGCCUUUGACUUCUACAAGGUGAUUGAAAGUUUUAUUAAAGCGGAGCCAAGCCUAACAAGGGAAAUGAUAAAGCACCUAGAACGCUGUGAACAUCGAAUUAUGGAGUCUCUUGCUUGGCAAUCUGGGUCACCUCUGUUCGAUCUUAUCAAGCAGUCAAAAGAACGAGAAGGCCAAACUGAUCAGCCUGAGCCCCCUUCCAAUCUCAAUGUGCCUUUCCAACAUAACCACACUGCAGCAGACCUCUAUCUUUCUCCUGUGAGAUCUCCUAAGAAGAAAGCAUCUGGACCACCUCCGAGUGCCACUUCCACUCCAGAUGCUCAGCCAGCUGUGACCCCCCAAACACAGAAACCACAAAAAUCUACCUCCCUCUCUCUGUUCUAUAAAAAAGUGUAUCUUCUGGCCUAUCUUCGACUACAUACCCUGUUCUUUCGGCUUCUCUCUGAACACCCUGACCUGGAACCCUUGAUCUGGACCCUCUUCCAGCACACACUGCAAAACGAGUAUGAACUUAUGAGAGACAGGCACUUGGACCAGAUCAUGAUGUGUUCCAUGUAUGGCAUAUGCAAAGUAAAGAAUGUAGAUCUGAGAUUUAAAAUAAUCGUUUCGGCAUACAAGGAGCUUCCCAACACAAAUCAAGAGACUUUCAAACGUGUUCUUAUCAGGGAAGAAAAGUAUGACUCCAUUAUAGUCUUCUACAACUUAGUGUUUAUGCAGAAGCUGAAAACAAACAUUUUGCAGUAUGCCUCCAACAGGCCUCCCACUCUGUCACCUAUCCCACACAUUCCUCGCAGCCCUUACCAGUUUUCCAACUCUCCUCGGCGUGUCCCUGCUGGCAAUAACAUCUACAUCUCACCCUUGAAGAGCCCAUACAAAUUCUCCGAUGGGUUUCAGUCGCCCACAAAGAUGACUCCAAGGUCUAGGAUUUUGGUGUCAAUUGGUGAAUCAUUUGGGACUUCUGAAAAGUUUCAAAAAAUAAACCAGAUGGUUUGCAACAGUGACUGCCAGCUAAAACGCAGCGCAGAAGUAAGCGCUGCUCCUAAGCCACUGAAGAGGCUGCGCUUCGAUAUAGAAGGGCAAGACGAAGCAGAUGGAAGCAAACACCUACCCCAGGAGUCCAAGUUCCAACAAAAGCUUGCAGAAAUGACAUCUACUCGAACAAGAAUGCAAAAGCAGAAACUGAAUGAUGGAAAUGAUACCUCAGCCACUGAAGAAAAGUGAGAUUCUUCUCAGGACCAGGGGCUGCACUGCAGGCCCUCUUAGAUUGUUUUUGUUUUAUGGGCUUCAUUAACUGAGUUGCUUUUUUAGUUACUUUUUAUUCCAAACUGCUAGUUGAAAGCAUUUGGACCUUUUAAAUUUUUAAAUGUUUUUGAUGAUACUUUGCCUUAUGAUGUAGCAUAUAUACAAUGUAAGCCACUGAAUUUAAUUUAUAUAUUUUUUUGAGGAUUUUAAAAACAUAUUUGGAAAGUGUCUUAGUUUCCUAUGGCAACAUUACUGAUUUAAGCCAAUUCAGUCUACUUGGAUUGAAUUUAUCUGU